AUGGUCAAACUGCGGUCGGCUGCGGUACGACGGCACGCAAGGCAGGAGCUGGCCGUGCUCUUUGGACUGAUCAAGGGACAGGAGGAUGGCAAUGAUGAUGGUGGAUCUAGUGUUAUCAAUUUGGUCGGAGCCUUUGACUGGUUCCUGUCACCGUCGCAGCAGGAGUUGGGUAUAGUCAUGGAAAGAUGCGACUUCUGCCUCGAUGAUUUCAUCUGUGUAAUCAACGCAGUUUCAGAUCGUCUGAGUAGAGACGAGUCCCUUCGCAAUAGCGUUAACUCUGCAGUGGAUGGGAAAAUGAAGACGAAUGGACAGGUUCACUGUGAUGUGAAACUCGACAAUUUACUCUACCAUUCGGCCAGCGGGUCAUGGAAACUAUGUGACUUCGGCUCUAGCCGUACCGUCCCCGCGCUAGGGGAAGCUCUAAAAUCGACAGAUCGUCUUGUUGGCACGUUGUGGACAGCAGCUCCGGAAGUCAUAAGAUACGGGUAG